AUGUUCCAAAGUAAAUGUAGACAAUAUUUAGAAGUUGAACUCAACAUAGCAAAGUUUCUCCGCCUCCCAUCAUUGCUCUUCAUUCUUCGACUCAACUCAACCCAACCAGACCCAAACUCGCCGCAUAUGGAUUCGAGCUCUCCGAAUGCUGAGAAAAAAGAUUGUCAAGUUCCUGUAACUCCUGAGGUUGUGAAAGAAAAUGCUGAUUUUGAAUUGCAAUCCCCUCUCACACUCACACUGACGGUGGUCAGAAAACAGCUUAACGAGACAACCAUUCAUUCUGGCCCUAAGGAUGUUCUUUUGGACUCAUUUGCGGAUACCCGCAAGAAUCUCAAUGAUUCCAGGAGCUCUGUUGUGCGCCGCCUUCCUUUCCGUGCUGAUUCUCCUUCAGAUCAAGAUAUAUUUGAAUCACUACAGGAAAAUCUCUUUCAAUUCAUUCUUUCACACCAAAUGGAGGAGAGGGUCCUAACACCAAUGUCUGAGCUAGAACAAGAUGAUGAAUGUAAAUCACCUCCUCCCCAGCUCCGUUUCACAGGAAUUCCUCAUACUUGUCCUCCUGCGCCUCGCAAGCUCAAACAUCAACCCAAGCUCAUUCUAAUGGACUUAUGCAAGAAGCUUCAAUUCUGA